AUGUCCAACCGAAUAGAUAGUGGUGGCACAAACACUAAAUUCAAAGUAGGAGAUAAUGUUCAUUUUGAGGUGUCCAAUGGAAAUGCCAGCACUAGUAACACUACCACCAAUGGGAACAAAUCAUCCAAUUCCAAAACUUCCAAUGCAUCUGGUCGACCCACCAACCAAGCAAACAAUGCAAACAGUGACAGUGUGCAACACAACCCGAGUGCCCUUACUAGUAAAGGGAAGAAGAAAAAGAAGAGUAAGGGAAAGAAAACUACGAAGAUUUCCACGUCUCAUGCGCAUUUGAAUGACCCUGAUCUGGAGUAUCCCACGUCCAGGGUGAUAAAACAAGCACCGAAUGGAGAUGUCAUUGUUGAGAGUUUGGAAGAUGAAGAUUCGGAUGGAGAAAGCGAAGCACCUCGUACCUCUCAUGGUGGUCAUAAACAGCAUUCGAAUGAUAAAAGUCAGCCUCAAUUCGAUCAACACAAGCACCAUGAGCAACCCUUGCCCCAUCCUGCUAUUAGGGCCAGUGCAGCCCAUACGUUGAAGCGAAGCGGCGGCCAUGACGUGCAUAGUAGUUUGUGGGAUAGUGCAUCAGUCGAAGAACAAGAAAAGUUGAAAGAAUUUUGGGAAUCUUUGGCAGAGCCUCAGAAACUAGAAUUGGUCAAAAUUGACAAAGAUUCUAUCAUGAAAAUGUUCAAGAAUGAAACGAGGCAACACUUGCAACAACUACUGCAGCAGCAGAAUGGAGGUGGUUCGAAUGGGGGUAGUAGUGGUGGUGGUACGUCCUCAACCCCAAACAACUGUACAUGCAAAUAUUGUGGUAGGAGAAACCACCUUAUUGAAGAAGAGUUGGAAAGUAUUUAUGAUAAUCAUUUUGAUGACAUCAUCGACUUUAUACACGAAGUUAGAGAUAUAAACGAUUUGAAUGCUUUACCUGGGCUAUUAUUUGGUGGCUUCCACAUGUUAGAGGAAGAGAGGAAACUACAAAGGAGAAAACAACUACAUAAUGAGAGUCUGGAAUUGGCCAAGAAACUGGUUGCCAAAACCGAGGCUCAAAUGAGGGAUAUCAAGUUAGAGAUGGAACAGUUGCAAAUAGCUCAAGCUCGGGCUCAAGCACAAGCACAAGCACUGGCAAAAACCCAAGCCGAUACGAAGGCACAGUCAGGGUCGCACAUGCAAUCUGCGUCGAGCCAGGCACGAACUUCCCAAAACUCCCAAAACUCCCAAAACUCCCAAAACCCCCAAUCGAAUCAACAGCAUCAUCAACACACGGAAAGAGCUCAACCCAAUGUGCAGUUCAGUGCAUCAAUCCAAACCUCAAAUUCGUCACAAACCCAAUUGUUUGAUAAAUUACUUGACCCGAAAUUGUUUCAAGCCUUAGAGAGCUUGGAUUUACAAAAGAUGAAGGAGACAGCUCAUUUGGAUCCUCAAAAUGCCGCACAGUUGGCCAUGUUGGAAAAAGCAGGCUCACUCAAAGAAAUUGUCAAGGAUUUGCAGAACCAUGAUGGGAAGCGUGCUGAGAGGGGAGCUCAGUAUGUACAAAACAUGGGCAAAUUCUUUUCAAAUAUAGCCAAUAUGAAAGCCAGUAGUCCGGAAGAAGCUCAAAAAUUUAUGGCCAAACAAUUUACUGAGCAUUUUGGGAAGGGACUUUCAACAUUUGCUGAAGACUUGUUGAAUAAUGAUGGCAACUCUUUUAUUAAUAUGAUGGAAUCCCUUACCGAAUCAAGAGGAGCCCGCGAAGAUGUUUUAAAGGGCAUGCAUAGUGAGAGCGUGAGCAUUACUGGUAGUCACCCACUGUCACAAGACCUGCACCCGCAGUCGCGGUGGGUUGAUGAAGACGAUGAUGUAGAGGAAGACACACUUUGUGCACAUCAUCAUCACCAUCAUCACCAUCAUCAUCAUCGUUCCCACCACCACCACCAUCAAGAUGCUGAUGGCUAUGACAUUGAGGAUGAUGACGACGACGACGACGACGACGACGAAUACGACUAUGAGUAUGAAGACGAAGAGGAAUGUGACGAUGAAUUUGAAGAGGAUGGUCAUGGAAGAGAUGUCAGUGAUACCGAGUCGGAAAUAUCUGAAGAAGAGAAGAUGCAAGAGAUUCGUCGAUUGUUUUUGAUCCAAGUUAUCAAAUUGUUCCAAGAGCGUUUGAAGAAUGCCUAUAAAGAGAAAGUCUCAAAGGACAACACUCAAAAAUUGAUUGAGGAGUUGGAAGCUGAAGAAAAUGCAAGGAAGGAACGAGAAGCCAAGAAGUUGAAGACUAAGGAAAAGUUGAAGGAGAAGAAACGACAGCAGCAAUUGCAAAAAGAAGAAGAAAGAAGAAAAAAGGAAGAAGAGGCAAGGAGGAUCGAGGAGGAAAAUAAAGCACGUCAAGAGGAGCAAAAGGCAGAGCAAAGACGAAAAAGAGAGGAGGAGAGAAAGAAGCGCGAGGAGGAAAGAAAGAAGAAGGUUGAGGAAGCACGCAGAAAAGAUGAGGAGCACAGGAAAAAGGUUGAGGCUCAGCAGAAGAAGGAAGAAGAAGCGAAAAGAUUGAAGGAGGAGCGUCGUAAAAAGGCUGAGCAAGAAAGAAAACAGAAGGAGGAGGAGAAUAAACGCAAGGCAUUGUUGAAGAAGAAAAAGGAAGAAGAACAAGAAAGACAAAAAAUUGCUCGUCAAAACGAGAUUGCUGAAAAAGAGAAAGCCAGAUCGUUAAACUCGGCGCCCACUUAUGACACCAGGUCCACUGUAAACUCAGCGGACGUCUAUUUUGAUCAAUACCUAGCUCAUCAAAUUGAAGCAGAGAGAGCUAGGCUUUCUGUGGAUCCUACUUCUAGCGACAAAUCUUUUAAUCAGCAACUUCAACUUAGAACUGGAUCACUUUCCAGUCGAGGCUCUUCAAUAGGUCUCGCUACCGGGCAGCUACACUCGAAUCUCCCUUCCAUUUCUCAGCAACCGCCAUAUGCUGGUGAACUAACUCAGAAUCAAUUUUUGAAUCAAUCUUCAGAAUUUUUUUCGCCGCAGAUUGUAUCCACUAAUUUGGGUAAUGGCAUUUCUGCGAUCAACUCCUCAUUCACUGACAACUUGUCUGCUGCUCCUGCUACUCCCGCUGCUGCUGCUGCUACUCCCGCUGCUGCUGCUGCUGCUGCUGCUGCUGCUGCUGCUACUGCCCCCACCUCGAGCAUUGCUUCUGGUAAUCUUGCUAGCAACCCAUUAUCCCCGUGGACAGGAAAGCUCGGAUUGAACCAACCAUCGCUCGCUGACUUUCUCCCUAGCAAUGAAGCCACUUUGACGCCCAAAGUUAGCGCCACAAACCUUCAACAACAAAUGCAGUCGUCUGCCCGUUUCGACCCCUUUGCUAUAUCCAAUGAUCCUGGGAAACCAAUUUCCUCGGUGCAAUCCAACCCAAAACCAUGGUCUUCCAACCCCAAUGCUGUCAAUACUGGUGGCAUGAGGAACAACUUUAUUUGGAACAAUCCAAGCGGUGCAGCACCCGGUGAGACUCCUUUUGCCAACUCGAAUUUGAAGACAGGUCCUCUUUUCUCGCAUGACAUGGAUCAUAAUGUCUCAAGCACAAAUGGUGCUGCUCAUGUUGGAGGUAGUGUUCUUAGCCCAGAAGAAAUGGUUUUGAUUCAAUCUUCGGCAGCUCGUUGUUUCCAAUUUUUGGCAAAUUCACAACAAUUGGAAUACGGUAAAGCUCCCGUGAUGCAAUUGUUUGAGGAUGUGAAAACCGUGGCCAAUAGACCGCUGUUGACAAUGGACCAGUUCUUGCAUUCAUGUCAAUCCGGAAAUGUAUAUCAAUUUGAGAAAGUAUCUGAUGCAUUUGGUAGAAUCACACAUGUGAAAGUGGGAGCUAGUGCCUUUGCAAGACAUUCGCCUCCAGCUGGCCAAUUAUUCACGUCGGGACCACCUGGUUUUGUCCAGUCACAAACACAGCAGCUGGCUUUUUCUCAACAACCUUUAUUCCAACUGCAAGAAAGUUUUGGUCCUGGAGGAUUUGCUCCUCCAGGAAUUCGUAAAAGUUCGCUGCCUGGAUUUGCAGUUGAUCCACCAUUGAUAAAUUUGAGAGGUGGUGAUAUGAGUUCAAAGUCCAGCACAAGUGGAUUUGUUGACGGGCUUUGGAACAACUAA